AUUGAUCUCCUAGGAACAACAACAGGAUUCAAGCCAGGCUGUUAUAAUACUUUUCCCAGAGAGCAUUUGGAGAUGAAAUCACUGGAGUUGAACAUUUAUUGGUGCCUGUUGGGUGAAAUCUUAUCAGAAGUAAUGUUGAAUGUGGACUCAAUUCUUUGUUUGCAAAGACAAAUACAGGUUUUUCAUCUGCUGUGUUGGAAGUCGAGGUCGGCCGUAAUUCAGUGGUUGUGAUCCAAGGGCAGCAGGCCAUCCUGCCAGUCUCAUAUACAACACACAGCAACAGUGAGCCCUAUGUCACCUGGCACCUUGAAAGACCAGGGAAUCCUCAUCCUUUUCAGAUCUUGGUGUACAUGUCUGGAACGACAAAAGUGGAGGAUUUGGAUCUCAGGCGACGACUGAACUUUUUGUACUCCAUGCCUUCUCAUAAUGUCUCUCUGGCCAUCAAUGAUACCAAAGAAACAGAUUCUGGCCAGUACAUGUGUACAGUGAAUGUUGCAGGAGAUACUACAAAAAUGGGGAAAAACACAGGACUUGUGAACCUCACAGUUCUAGUCCCACCAUCAUCACCCAAGUGUCAGAUUCAUGGAAGCCCCCACAUCGGAGGAAAUAUCACCAUGACGUGUCAUUCCAUUAUGGGGAAGCCAGUCCCGUCUUACCGCUGGCAACGCACUGGGCCCAACUCUCAAGUUUUCUAUGCACCCGUACAAGAUCAUGUGAAGGGGAUCUUGACACUGAAAAAUCUCACCAUAGAUAUGUCUGGAACCUAUAUCUGCAAUGCCUCCAGCUCAGCUGGAUAUUCUAACUGCACCAUCACCUUGGAGGUGAAUCCACCAUUCAAUGCGGCAGUGGUGGCAGGUGCAGUGGUGGGAACUCUCAUUGGACUUGGCCUGAUCAUCUUGUUUCUGCUUCAGAUGUUGGCCUACCGAAAAAAGAAAGAGACCCAAGAGGAAAUGGCUAAUGAGAUCAAGGAAGAUGCUGUUGCUCCAAAGACACUUUCCUGGGCAAAAAGUCCUGGUUCUGACGUGGUUUCCAAAAAUGGUACUAUAUCAUCGAUGAACACUACCCGAGAUCACAAACUCUAUGUCUCCAAACCUGGUUCGGACACAGCUUCUAUCACCACUACCACAGGCAGCACAGUGGGCUUCAAGCCACCUUUCAGCAACCCCAGGAGUGGAACACUCACGCCAACACCCAGCCUCUCCAGUCAGUCAUUGCCCCUCUACUUCCCACCUAUAGUCAACGGGGUUCAUUGCCACCAUGCCAAUGUGCCAACCCACCGGAGCACUCUCCACAGGACAAAUGGGGCACAGCCACAAGCUCCCCGGCAUCAGGAGCCUGCUUCCCCUCAAGGGCUCACCACUUCCACCUUGAGCCGAAUGGGAGCGGUGCCUGUCAUGGUGCCUGCCCAAAGUCAAGCAGGAUCCUUGGUGUGAUUGUUGUGAGACUUUUGCAGUACAAUGUUCAGCAAGCAGCUCUACUCAUCACACAUGAAGCAGAAACACUGGAAAUGCUUGCUCCGUACUGCCUGCCUUCCCACCUGCCUUCUGAGUGCCAGUUUGAGCUUUUGUGAAUGUGUCCUCCAAAGGAACCAUUUUCACAGCAUUGUCCAGCAGGAUAUGACAGAAUCUUUGGAGAUGGAUGUUUUAUAACUGUUUAUUUCUGUUACUUUUCAGAAUUUGCUUUUCCUCUUGUUGCACAAAACCCAUCCAUUACUCCAUGCCCUUCAGGAGCCUAUGUGGCAGCAGAGACUGUACUUUAGUGAAAAACAACCAAUGGAUCUUUUCUUUCCCCCUUCCCUUACAUUUAUAUCUUGUUGCUGAAAAAGCUGAGCUGAGAUUGAUGAUCUUCGUUUGGAAAAAAGUAAUGGAGAGUAGAUCUGAUCUGCAGGAAAAGUAAGAUACUCCACUUCUCCUGUCUCUCCAGGGAGAAGUCCAAACAGUAAAAGGAUGUCAGGUGCUUCCUUCCACAAAAACAUACACUCACAACCAACCUAGAACCCCUAAUUUUGAGUAGAACUGUUAAGAAAAAAAGGCAUUUUGGCACACCGGGGGAGUGCAGCCCACAAGAAGAGGUUGGGAUGGGGGGUAAUAGGCCCCCAGUUUUAAUGCAGUUGCCUCUGUUCUAAGUGAUAAUAAGGGUUCCUUAAUUUGUAUUUGUGCAAUUUUUUCUGUCUUCAGAACUGGAAUUACUUUGGCACAGAAUAAACACAGUGCUGGGCAGGAGCUUCUUAGGUCCAUCUUCUGUUAGAUCAGAGGUGAGCAAAGCAUGGGCUGCAUAUGUUUCCCGUAUGCCAUUUUUGAGACCCUAAAAGAACCCCCCUAGCACUCCAAAUUAAAGUUGGAUUUUUCCUUAUAAAAUAAUAACGACAAAGCAGGUCCAAAACAUUGCUACAAUUUUUGCUUUGGAUCUCUUAGAUUUCUCACAAGGUUUGGUGACUCUCUGAUCAGGCAUGUUGGUUUUGCAUAACAUAAUGAAUGAACUGACAAAACACUUCCAAUCUGGGUUAGAUAGACCCCUUGUCACAUUUGCAGCCCCUGAGCACCCCCAUAAAAUUUGAAAUUUCAUUUAUUUAUUAAUUUCUUUAAUGAAUCAUGGCCCGGGAAGCAUUUUUGCUAUUCCCUUCCCUUCCCUUCCCACACCACCAUCUUGUUGCUGUUUUGGUCCAGGGUAGGCCCUUUUAAAGCCAGGAAGUAUAAUGGAAGUUGACCUGAUAUACCUCUUUAAAUUGCCAAGACAUUGUGGGGGACUAAUGCAGCUUCCAAUCCCUGGCAGCUGCCUAUCCCCCACCCCUAUAAUUCUGACAUAUUUAUCCCUUUCACUCUUUAUUGGUUGUAGUGGGGCAGCUUGUGACCAAAUUCUUUGUAGUGGGAAGAGAUAAGAAGCCAGCUAGAUAGGGAUAGAAGAGCUGUAGAAAUCUAAAUCUGGGCAAAGAAGGUGAAUUUUUCACCAUAAGAUGUUAAGGAAAUUCUUUUUGACAGUGGCGAGUGGAAUCCUAUAUAGGAAAUGAAUGGUCAUCCAGGGACCCUCAAAAUGCUACCUCUUGGCCUUGAAUCCCAAAAGUGGAUACUACAUAUGAAAAAUUAGAUAGUGGAAAACAAGAUGUUGCCAUGGAAAUCUACUUCCACAAGAUUAAAAUAGGUCUGCAGAUCAAAAUUUCACAUAGGUCCAUGUCAGAAAACUUCUCAUUCCAACUCUUGACACAAAUGUGGAAAGCCCCCAUGACACCAUUUAUCCUUUCCACUUCUAUUAUGCAGAAAUGUGGCUAUUUAGGGUACAUGUCAUACUUGCCACCUUACAUACAACUCCAUAUUCGAAAGCACCUCUACCCAUGUAUAUUGGUAUAAGUAACACACCAUCUCCAACCAGCUGUAGUUUGUUCUGUUUGUUCUACUCCAGGCAGUGGCACAGCCAACUGGAGGUUCCAAAAUAAUCAAGCUCAAGUAAGGCUUUGGUGACAAAUGACCCUAGACUCAGACUUAAACAGGGAUGCCGCUCAGCUGAGGAACCUUGUUUGCUUUAUCAGCUGUUGGCUCUAGUGCCAUUUGAAGGAAAUGCAUCUCUGUUAUGAUUUUCAAGAUGGACUUUCAGUCUGGUGGCAGGAAUUGAUGGAACGAAUGCAUGUUAUAUACAUGUCCUUUCCCUUGCAAGCUUAGAUCUGAGGUUAAUCCUCACAACAACUUUGUGAGAUAUGUGUUUUGCCCAAAGGCACCAAUGAGCUUUAUCACUAAGAACAAUUUUAAACAUUACUAUUCCAGUUCUAUAUCUGACACUACAGUUCCCAUAGGCUUUGUCCUGAUGUCUUCUUAGCCUUUCUACUGAGACGAUCAGUUCUUAGCAAUUUAAAAAGAGAUGAAAACUGUAAGUCCCCAAAAUGGUAAAGAUUUUUCUAAUUAGAUUUUUCUAAUUUCUAAUUUGCAAGUACACUGUGCUUCUAAGAGAUAUUGAGAAAGUGUAUUCAUGUGCAUAUUUUGAGCUAGGCUGCAACUUAUUUGGUUUGAUUUGGGUGACUUUUUAAGUAUGGCUUUUGGGAGAAUUUUGUGUUGUGUUCUCAUUUUUGCCAAAUGCACACUCUUGCAUCUAUCUGUGAAACAGAAUUUAACAUGGAGAAGUUAAAAAUAUACUGAAAAUAAAGAUGCAUAUAAUAAUGGGGCAAAUGUACAAAAACAAAAUAUAAUGGAAAAUGUUUGGGGGAAAUAGACAUAUUAGGGAAGAUUAUGUGCAAAGUAUGUCCAAUUCUAUGAUUCUACGAUUCCAUAUACUAGAAUUUGAAAGUUUAUACUGGCGAUUUUGAAUAUGUGAAUAGAUUCAUUUGUAUGUUUUGCCCCCUUUUGAUCCACAUUGGAAAUGCAUCCAAUCCACUCUCCAGGAUCCUGGUAUUUAGGCCCCAGGGACUGAACAGAAUCACUUGACUCUUUCAUAACAAGAUGUUUCCCAGCUUGUGCAACUAGCUAGUAUGUACAGAGUAACUUUUUAUCAGCCUAUCCUAACAAUGGGGUCUAUAAGGGUGUCUUCAGCAUUAUAAUACAUAUUGUGCAAUUAUUACAUUUAAUCGGCAAUUUUCAAUUCUUUCUUUUUAUAAAUAUAGCUAUAGUAUUUAAUUUAUGCUUAUAUAUAUUAACAGUCUGUGACUCUGGACUGCAACCUUCUAAUCAGUUUCAUUCUGGCUCUUUUUUUUUAUUGGCUGUGAAAUCCUUCUGUUGUGAAAGAAGGUAGGAAAACACUGAAAUAUUUUUAUGUACAGUUUCAAAAUGUAUUAUUUUUCAUAAACGGUCAUUAAAAGUGUUUUUAUAUGGAAAAAAA